AUGAUUGGUACAAAUACAACAACUAUUGUUGCCGGUGGAAACGGCAAUGGAACUGCACUCAAUCAGCUGUCUCUAGCAUGGGGUGGUUUGACUCUAGAUAGUCUAUCAAAUGUUUACAUACCAGAUAGUGGAAAUGCUAGAGUGAUGAAAUGGGCACCAGGCUCUUUGAGUGGACAAGUUGUAGCAGGUGGUAAUGGAAUUGGUAAUGGAUCUAAUCAAUUAUCAAGUAGCAUAGGAAGCAUAGCAGUAGACUCCAAGUUUACUGUUUUUGUAGCUGAUACAGGCAAUUAUCGAAUUCAGAUGUGGCCAGUGGGUGCUUCAAGUGGUAUAACAAUUAUACCUACAAACACCAAUGGGAUGUAUCCAUUAGCAUUGGAGUUGGAUUCUAUGGGAAAUAUUUAUGUCGGAGGUUUCAAUAUUAUGAAAUACAAUGUUGCAACAAAGACUGCAACAACUAUUGUUUUCAGUUAUGGAAAUUCAUCGAAUCAAGUGGGUACGGUAUAUGGCCUUCGAUUUGGAGCCAACAAUACCAACUUGUUUGCGGUAGAUUCAAGUAAUCAUCGAGUACAAAGAUACUCGGUAAUAAAGAAUUGUGGAGGUAAGUCGUGUAUCUCACCAUUUACGUCUUCAUUUAGUGCUGAAAUUCUGAAUCCUUCAUAG